GUUGAUUCUAUCAUAUGUUUACUUCUUUACGUAUAUUAGCAUAGCAUCCUCAUUUAAAAAUGAUAUAUCCUCAACACCACCAAUGGGCUGGAUGGCAUGGGCGAGAAAUUAUUUAUGGAUAUGGUUGAUAUGCUUGUUUUGAAGGGAUUUAAAAAUGCUGGAUAUAAAUACGUUUGUAUUGAUGACUGUUGGGCUGAUAAAAAAAGGGAUACUAACUACAAACUUCAACCUGAUAAAAUUAGAUUCCCACAUGGUAUUAAAUAUCUCUCAGACUAUAUCCAUAGCAAAGGUUUAAAAUUUGGUAUGUAUUUGAGCUAUGGCAAAAAAACAUGUAUGGGUCACACUCCUGGCAGUAUUCAUCAUUUAGAAAUAGAUGCAAAUACAAUGGCAGAAUGGGGUGCAGAUUAUUUAAAGGUUGAUGGAUGUUUUACUGACCCUAUUAUUAUGGAUCCCGAUUAUAGAUAUAUAGGUAGACAUUGUCAUACUUGGAGAAAUUUUGUUGAUAUCGACACAAAUUGGAAUAGUGUUAAGAGGAUCAUUUCACAUUACAGCGAUCAUGGAGAUCAAUACGCACCUUAUCAUGGUCCUAACAAGUGGUUUGAUCCGGAUCAAUUAGUGAUCGGUAAUUCAGGCCUGAGCUUCAAUCAAGCCUCCACUCACAUGGCUAUUUGGUGUUUCCUUUCGGCACCUCUAAUGAUGUCCAAUGACUUAAGAUCGAUCGAUAGACAAUAUAUUCAGAUACUACAACACCCUGAGCUUAUAGCGCUUAAUAAGGAUCCUCUAGGAGUUAUGGGGACUAGAAAAUAUAAAGACGAUUUUAUAGAAAUAUGGACUAAACCCUUAGCUUAUCCUCCAGGGAGUUACAGCCUAUUAUUUUAUAACCCUUUACUAUCCCACACCUGGGAGAGUUUUAUGAACUCAUCUCACAAUAUAACUCUCAGAAAUAUGAACCUGGGCUGUGGCGGCGAUAAGUGUAACUUUAGAUUGAAGCUUAUCUACGAAAAUCGGUAUGCAUAUCAGAACACCAACACGAGUCAACGAGAUAUAAAAACCGAUGGAAAGAUCAUCGGGAUCGAUACUUUUAUCGAUUGGGUGUCUGUUGGACCAGAAAGCGUGCUGAUUUUCAAAGCAAUUAUUCAAAAAUAACGAAUUAUAAAUUAAAUAAUAAAAUAUACAUCAACUCAGGUAUUUGGUGAUAUCUUAUUAAUUAGUCAAUUUAUAUUUAAAAUCUGUAAGUAGAAGUGAAAAAAGGCUCAAAGUUUCAGAAUGAGUGAAUAAUUACAUUUGGCAUUUUUAUUGAUAUUCUGUAGAUCUUUAUUUAUUUUAUAUGUUAUUGGUUAUAUUCUUGUUAUAAUUAUCUUAUCA